GGUAUACGGGCGCGGGGCAUGCCGGGAGUUGUAGUGUUCGCGUUCUCCGGCCAUGUUUGGGGAAGUGAUGACGUUAGGGUGUAAGAACUACAAGUCCCAGGGCACCGUGCUGCUGAGCGCUACUGGAGUUUCGGUGUACACACUGUGGCCUGUGCAGGAAGGACUAGAGGGCCCAGACCGGACCAGAGGAGACCACCACCGGCACCGGGAGCAGCGCCAUGGGGGCCGUGUGGGGCCGGAGAAUCGCCGGGGUAGAAGACAUAGAUAUCCAGGCAAACUCUGCUUACCGCUACCCCCCUAAAUCUGGAAACUACUUUGCCAGCCAUUUCUUCAUGGGAGGGGAGAAGUUUGAGACCCCACACCCAGAGGGCUACCUGUUCGGGGAGAACAGUGACCUCAACUUCCUGGGGAACCGACCUGUUCAGUUCCCAUACCUUACCCCCGCACCCCAUGAACCGGUGAAGACUCUGCGCAGCCUGGUGAACAUCCGGAAGGACUCCCUGCGCCUUGUCAGGUACAAAGAAGGAGGCGACAGCCCGAUGGAGGACGGAGGGAAACCCCGGGUCUUAUACGGUUUGGAGUUCACCUUUGACGCAGACGCACGAGUGGCUAUUACAGUGUACUGCCAGGCCAGUGAGGAGUUUGUUGGAGGAAUGGCUGUGUACAGCCCCCGCAGCCUAGCCCUGCAGUCCCAGACGGUUUAUUACAAACGAGGCCUAAGUCAGCACUUUUCUCUGCCGGUGUUCAAAAUCGACUUUAAUGAAUGGAAGGAAGAGGAGCUGAACUUUGACAUUGAUAAAGGGGUCACUCCGCUGGUCAUCCAGGCUGUUGUGGCCGAGGGAGGAGAGGGAUCAGGACACGCUCACGUGCUGCUGGCUGCGUUCGAGAAGCACGUUGAUGGCAGUUUCUCAGUGAAGCCUCUGAAACAGAAGCAAAUAGUGGAUAGAGUCAGUUAUCUGCUGCAGGAAAUUUAUGGUAUUGAGAACAAGAACAACCAGGAGACCAAGCCCUCCGAGGACGACAACAGCGACAACAGCAAUGAGUGUGUAGUCUGCCUCUCUGACCUGCGGGACACGCUCAUCCUGCCCUGCCGACACCUCUGUCUGUGCAACUCCUGCGCCGACACCCUGCGCUACCAGGCCAACAACUGCCCCAUCUGCCGACUGCCUUUCCGCGCCCUCCUACAAAUCCGCGCAGUGCGGAGGAAGCCGGGUCCUCUCCCACCCAUCUCCUUCAGUCCUGUGCUGGCCCAGAGUUUGGACCAUGAUGAUAACUCGGGGGCAGAUAACAUCCCUCCAGGAUUUGAACCCAUCUCUCUGCUAGAGGCUCUGAAUGGUCUCUGGUCCCCUCCUGCCACUGCCCCCCUAUAUGAGGAGAUCCCCUACAGUGAAGGACUACCUGCUCGGGGGCCUCCAGACAACUCCCACCACAAAGGCAAGCACGUAAAGACCCCUGACAGCGGUCUCCGCUCUCCCUCAUCUCCCAUCCAUGAAGAGGACGAGGAGGUGUCCGGAGUGUGUGACAGCGAGAGGCCGGCGUUACUUGGGACCCUCAGCAGGGACCCCUCGCACACAGAGACGCUCUCAUCUGCUGACACGCCGGAGAUCAUCUCCGCACACAGAGGGUCUCUGUCACAGUCUCAAAUUGAUGAGGAGAUUGAAAGUCCAGAGGCUGAGGAUCUGAAGGAGGAGGAGAUCCAGGAUGUGACCGCGCUGGGUCCUGAUGCCUGCUCUAUUGGGAUCGACGAGUGAAGGGUUGGACCUGACACGUGACCACAUCGAACAAAUCCCUACUCUCCACCCAUUGGAUCAUUUUGGGGUUCUCAGAGAGGGGGAAAAGGACAUUCAAUUACUUCUCCAAUCAUCUACAUUCCGGAGGGGAGGGUAGAGAGACUCUGCAAUAUAUCCAAACCUAGAGCCGCCUGUUAGGGAAGCUACACUACAACAUGCCAGCUUGAUGUGCCAGUGUGCAUUGUUACUGUGCCAGUCCUGUGUGUACAGAUGUGACCGUAGCACCGUGUGCGCCAGCCUGCAUGUCUGCAUUGCAAUGUAUAUGUGUUGUUAGCGGUGGCUCAGACCCCGCUCUUUGGCGUCCUGUGACUGUGCCAGCAGCCGCCCAUCUCUUUGCCGCCUGUAACGGUGCCGGCAGCCGCCCAUCUGUUUGGCGUCCUGCCCUUACCACGGCCUCUUUGGUGCCCUCUGGCUAUGCCUGCAGCCGCCCCUCUUUCCAGCACUUCCAUUGGGACUUGGUGGAAAGCAGCUGGAGAUCACUAAGGCGGCUGUUGUGUCAGCGCGGGGUCUCCCUGCUCAGAGCUGCCCCAAGCCUGAUAUACUCAUAAGGUACUGCCAGGUCCCUGCCCCAAAUAUCCAUGUGUACCCAUCCCCUUCUAAUUCUGUGAGAGCCAGUGGCAUCGCCGAGGCUUGAGGCACGGUGUCCCUAGUGAGUUGGCUGUGUGACAAAAUGGCUGCCUUCAUGGGGGUGAUGGGUGCACCCUAAAGGGUAACACUAAAUGAAACGGCUAUUAUCCUUCCCGCCGCUUUGUGCAAUGUCUGACAGGAACGGGGGUAAUCACGGUUCGGGACUAUAGGAAGAGUAAUAUUACAGAUGAAGGCAUUUACUGGAUUAUUUUCUUUUUUUAAUUAUCACUCAUAUAAACUGAAUCUGAAUUAAUAAAAAA